CCCAUCGGUUUCAGCCUCGCGUACUAUAAAACAUCAGGACAUAAAACAUUCCCAAACGAAAAACCCAUCUGCUAUAAAAGAAAAGGGCCUGAAACUUUUUACGACAAAUUCACAGAUUGCCCAGGGAACUUAUUUACCAUCGAUUGGUACAAUCAUGCAAACAUUACAGAAGAAGAUCGAGUUAAUGCAGUAUGGACUGAUAACAAAUCUUUUUUCAGCGGAGGACCAUUUAUACAAUGGUCAUACAACAGGUUUAUGGGUCAUAUUAAAGAGGGAUUGAAAAGCUUAUACACUGAAUCAUUUUCAAAAUUAGAUGGGGAAGUGUGUGUUCUUAGUAAUAAUUUACUUGUAAACUGUAAUGAAAAGCAUUACAGGUACUGUUUUAUAACAGCUUUCAAAAGAAACGAAGACAUGAGCAGAGAUGGGUGUGAGGAUUUGCGGGACUUCAAUUACUGGAGGUUCUGGAGUCCGAAAUCUACUUGCUUGUCAUUAGUGACUCCUACUAAUGGAAGAAAUGAUGGGGUGACCUGGCAUCAAGCGCAGAAAUUGUGUGCUGAAAGAAAUGGGCAGCUGUUAAGUACAGGAUGGAGAUACGCGAGUAGUUCUUUGAAGCCCUUUGAAUCUUCUACUGGUUUCCCCUUUGGUAUUAAGUUGAGCUUUGGUAGCACAACUACAGUCAAGUUUAUUAAUAAAAAUGUCAAGAUCCCACCGUCAGACUGGCACUUCAAAGGCGGGUUGACCCCGAAUAUGCCACUAGGGGCUGUGCGCGACGACUCCUGGGUCACGGUCAACAGUUCCUACGUGUUUCAUGAUGUCAUUUGCGAAAGACCUAUCCAUCUCAGGCCUAUUAGUAUGAUUGUUUCUACUACAUCGGAGGGGAAACUAGAACUCAAAACAAAUGAAACAGUAAAUAAAAACAAAAUCCACUGUUUUACAGACGCUGUAGUGGAUUUUUCUUAUGAAAUCAAUGUGGUAUAUGGCCAGCAUGCCAAAGUAUACGUCUUACAACCCGAACAUGAUGGUUACUACUGGUGUGUCCAUACUGACUCCUUAAAUUAUAAGGUAUCCGAGUCUAAUAAAGCUCUCUUCAUUCGAGACAAAGAUUCCUUAAUCAACUGUUACGCUGUAAAGUUGAAUAUAAUAAAAGAACAUUCGAAAAAUUUCUAUGAUGAUUGGCUGGAUAAACUUAAACAAUAUAUUUACUAUAGAACUAAAUAUGUGGAAUCCAAUUAUGUUGUUACUGGUGAAAAAAUAUCAGAAACUGUUUUAAAAUCGUUCAAAGAGAUGUAUAAACUAAAAUAUAAAUUCAAUUGGACGGUUGAAGAGGUGAUACUACGUUAUACGAUAAAGAAGGAUUUUUUUUAUGGCAAGCCGAUGUUAGUACAUGUGUGGUUGGAUAGAAAUAUGAAGCCUGUGCCGCCUGGGACUUGGGACUAUUUGACCGUAGAGUCCAUGAAACCGGUGUACUAUUGCCCUGCCUUUGGAAUCAAUGGUAGUGCCCCUAUCGGAUCCUCGGUAGGGAUUAACUGCAAGACGCGCACUUGCAGUGGCGAUUUCAACGAAGGCGUCCAAUGGCAAACAUUGCCCUCUGAGGCCUGCUCCAUUUCCACAGCGGACGAACAAUUGCGGAGUGUAAUUAAAGACCUGAAACAAUUGAACAGUACUGAUAAAGUGAGUGUCAGCGACAUCGAGCCUGUUUUUGAUAAGGUGGAUACUCUUCUAAACAAAACGGAAAAAAUUAACUCUCAAGACAAAAAUCAAGAACGAGACUUAUUAAUUCUUUUGGAACAGUUAGGGACUAAGAUCGAUUUAAACGGAUCAAAACAGGGAGCAAUAAUAAGGAACAACAUUGCGACCGUGUUGGCUGACUCUAAUACUAAACAGCCUGUGAGGGGCUUUAGGAUCGCGGCAGCGGCUCAUGAUGGCGCCUUCACAAAUGACGAUUUUGAGAUUAUAUCAGACCCAAAAACCACGUUUAACACGAAAGACGACGUGGUCAAGUUUCCGGAAUCGGUGGUGAAUCGGCAACAACGCAUCAGUAUCACUGUUUUCAGAAAUGACGUGGCCUUUCAAGAUACACCCCAGUUAUCCAUCAACAGCCUAAUUCUGAGCGUCAAGGUGGGGAACAUUACGAAGUUACCUGAUGAAGAAGUAAUAGAGAUCCAAUUCAGUCCCUUGCAAGAAAACCUUGAACGCACCCAACGUCCCGCUUGUGUUUAUUGGCAAUUCCUUGAAAACGAUACGGGUUUCUGGUCUCAAGAAGGGUGCUACUUCAUCAGAUCUACAGAAAAAGGAAUUCUGGACACUUGUAGAUGUAAUCAUCUUACACAUUUCGCUCGAGUAUUAGUUUCAAGAGAUCUUUUCUCUCAAAGGGAUGAGGACGCGUUAGAACUAUUAUCCAUAAUAGGAUGUUGUCUAUCAAUUUUCGGCAUAUUAAUGAUUGGAAUAACUGCCGCGUUGUUUAGAUCUUGGAGACAAGAUUACAGUAAUAAGAUAUGGUUGCAAUUAUGCAUUGCGAUUUUAUUACUCGUCAUAUGUUUUCUGGUCAUCGUGUUUGCCAAAUUCGACGACUAUAACAUCCCUUGUAUUUUGGUUGGAAUGCUGUUACACUAUUCUGUGCUGGCAUCCUUCUGUUGGAUGUUGGUAGCAGCUGUGUUGUCUUAUCGGAGAUUGGUUAUAGUCUUUACGAGAGACGCCUCUCAUAAGCUGCUUAGAGCUUCAGCUUUUUCAUGGGGAGUCCCUUGCGUUAUAGUUGGAAUUCUUUUUCUAGUCGAACCUCACUCUUAUGAGAGACAUUUCGAAGAGAAGCAUCCAAGUGGGACUUUCUGCUAUCCUUCAGGACUCAGCCUUUGGUUGACCGUGUACGCCCCAGUUGCGCUAAUACUACUUGCAAACUGGACACUAUUCGUUCUAAUAGUGCGUACUGUGUUUGCACCUAAAAGUAUUCAGAGGCAAUGUGAUCCAAAAGAAUCUGUCAGAUGUGCUGCCGUUAGUUGUUUAUUAGUAUUCCUGUUUGGGUUACCUUGGGUAUUUGGGUUAUUUGCUCAUAACAUCGUUCCGGCUUACAUUUUCGCAUUGACAGUUACCUUCCAAGGUUUCAUAUUGUUCCUGUUCUUUGUCGUAGUGAAUAAAAAGACGCGAGGUUUAUGGUUGAACAAGUUGAAGAUCAAACUGACUGGGAAGACGCCCGUUGUAACUUUAACUUAUUCGGACAGAAGUACAAAGGACCAAAUGAAGCCUCUAAUUUUAAAAUUAACUCCACUAAACAUAAGUAAUAUGAUUUUACCUAAAAAAAUUAAGCCUAACUUUUUACAAGAAAAAAUGGAAGCUGUUAUUUUAGAACUAAAACAAAAAUAUUCAGCUUACAGAUAAUGAAAUCUUUUAUCUAUUGAAUAAGAAGACCCGAGAUUCGUAGUGGAGCAAGUUAAAUAUCAAGCAGAUUGAAAAGAUGCAGUUUAUGUAUGGGACUGAAGUACAGAGUCCCACAACGGCCCUCGAUCAUUGAACUUAAUUAAACAAAAAGUAGCAGUCUUUGGCUUGGCCCGGUAACUCGAGUCUCUUUUGACAAAGGUCGACUUUGUCCAAAGCAGGCUGUUAUGAUUCUUUGCAAAUAUCCCGUGUCUGCUUCUUAAAAUUCUACAUACUCACGCCCUACAUAUCUACAUAGUUCCAUAGGAGGGAUAGGCAGAAACCACGGAAUGCCACUUUACUCUAUCCUGACACAACUCUCGAGCCUCACAUACAUCAACUACCCUGUUCAUAUAACUUCUUUUAUUCUUGUCAGUUCUGAUCGCAGCUUUUUUGAGAAUAUCACUGAUCUUGUCAAUGUAAGUCCUUCUGGGAUGUCCUCUUAAAACCUUUACGUCCACAUUCGCAUCAUAAAUCUGUGUGGUAUAGAUAGACUAUAUUUGUAGUCUAAC